CCACUUUCUAUUCAUUUAAGCCUGCAACACCCAAAAAAAGCUAAGUAUGUAAUCAUAACAAAAGACAAUUACUAGGAGUACUACCCUAUUUUAACUUGUUCUUCACACCAUCUCCUUCAUCAACAAACACCCUUUUCUUUUCUCCCUUCAUUUCCAAACACAAACCAAAAUGUUCCCCUCUUCUUCUUCUUCUAAAAUGACUAUUACUAGUGCAAUUAGUGCACUAAUUUUGGCUCAAUUAUGCUUAUUUCUUACUAAUAAUGUAAGUGCUAGUCACAAUCACAAUUACCAUCAUAAUCGUCCUAAUUUAGUUGAUAAAAUCACUAAUUUACCUGGUCAACCUCAAGUUAAUUUUCAACAAUAUGCUGGGUAUGUUACUGUGGAUCAUAAAAAACAUAAAUCUUUGUUUUACUACUUUGUUGAAGCUGAAUCUGAUCCUGCUUCUAAACCUUUAGUUCUAUGGUUAAAUGGAGGACCUGGCUGUUCUUCUCUUGGGGUUGGUGCUUUUUCUGAAAAUGGACCUUUCAGGCCUAAAGGGAAUAUCCUUGUGAAAAAUCAGUAUAGCUGGAACAGAGAAGCUAAUAUGCUGUUUUUAGAAACUCCUGUGGGAGUUGGGUAUUCCUAUUCCAUUGACACUACUGGAUAUGAUUCUGUUAGUGAUGCAAUAACAGCAAGGGACAACUUAGUUUUCUUGAGAAGGUGGUUAAAUAAGUUUCCACAGUACAAGCAAAGAGAUUUAUACAUAACUGGAGAAAGUUAUGCAGGCCACUAUAUUCCUCAACUUGCAAAGCUUAUGGUCCAAUUCAACAAAAAGGAGAAAGUUUUCAACUUAAAAGGAAUUGCUCUUGGAAACCCGGUUUUGGAAUUUGCGAAUGAUUUCAACUCGAGGGCAGAGUAUUUCUGGUCUCAUGGAUUAAUAUCAGAUUCAACCUACAAGUUGUUCACAUCAGCUUGCAAUUAUUCUCGUUAUGUGAGCGAGUAUUAUAGAGGAUAUGUUUCUCCUGUAUGUUCAAGAGUGAUGAGGCAAGUUACUAGGGAAACAAGUAAAUUUGUGGACAAGUAUGAUGUUACCCUUGAUGUUUGUAUUUCAUCUGUGCUUUCUCAAUCCAAAAUUAUUAGCCCCCAAGAGCAAAGCGGUGAAAGCAUAGAUGUUUGCAUCGAGGAUGAAACCGUGAACUAUUUGAAUCGACAAGAUGUGCAGAAGGCUCUUCAUGCCCGGCUUGUAAAUGUUCGAAAAUGGGAAGUUUGCAGCAACAUUUUGGACUAUCAGCUUCUUGAUGUGGAGAUACCCACAAUUAACAUUGUGAGUUCACUUGUAAAGAGUGGGAUCCCUGUCUUGGUUUACAGUGGUGAUCAAGAUUCAGUUAUUCCGCUGACUGGCAGUCGCACUCUCGUCCAUCAACUAGCCGGGAAGUUAGGACUCAACGCUACUGUACCUUACCGGGUUUGGUUUGCUGGUGAACAGGUUGGGGGAUGGACCGAAGUAUAUGGAAAUAUAUUGUCGUUUGCGACAGUAAGAGGCGCAUCACACGAAGUUCCAUACUCUCAACCGGAGAGAUCGCUCGUGCUUUUCAAGGCUUUUCUAGAAGGACAACCACUCCCCGAGUUGCUUUAAAGUUAAUGUGAUUUGAGAUUAUGUUGAGAUGUGGGAAAAGGGUAGUGAUUUUUCACAAAUUUUCUUUAGUGUCAUUUGAAAUUGUAAAGUAGAUAAAAGUUUAUUUGUGUUUUGUUAGUUAGGAGUAGUAGUUGAAUAGAAAAGGCAUUCCAACAUUCCAAAGGAAAAAAAAAAAAAAAAGAAAAAAAAAACAAUGGCUUUUUUGGUGACUCUUGGAAGAUAAAAGGGUAUGAGAAAGGGAAUUUUGAGUUUGUGUUUGUUUCUUCUCAAGUGUGAUUUGCUCAUAACUCAUGUUUUGUGCAUCUUUUUCUUGGUUGAAAAAUGAAAAAAGGUUUUGUAUAAAAAGGUAUCCAAGAGAAUCAAUGAAUAAAGGGAUGUGUUUUCACAUGCAUUAGACUUCUUUCAUUCUCUUCACUUGCUCCUCUCCUUAAUGUCUUGUUGACUUAUUUUGUAUUAAAUUUCUUUUUUUGUAUUUUGGUUGCACUAUUUUGACUUUGACGUUAUUUACU